CGAUGGCAAGAAGGGGGAGAGAACAUAAAUGGAUUUGCGGUAAUCUGCUUCAGUUAUACGUGAGCCUACAGUGUUAGUGAGAACAUCUCGACAUUUACAACUGAAUUUGUAAGCGCGUCUCUUCCAUUAAGAGAUUGGAUGAGAUGGGGAUUAUGGCGGUAGGACAUAUAAUCCUUUUAUCCGCGUUGUUUGUCCAAACAUUAUCCGCCCCAAGCGGUUGUAUAGAGUCUUGCAACUUCUACCAAACAUCCUAUCAGAAUCGCCGUACGUCGGGCAGUUAUCAGGAUCACGCGCCUUUAGUUCAAGGUAGCACGAAUCUGAACAAUUACGAUUACGCCAGACCAGGAAAUUGGACCGAACAUAAUCAGUACAUUACGGAUAGUGGACACGGCAAAGUUCACGAAGAACGAGGACAAUAUGUGGAAGGAUCGAAGAGAGUACGAUAUUACAAGCAGAAUUUUUCAUCAUCUUAUGGCACGGGUAAUGUAGAUGGAGAAUUAGGUGGUCAACAUAGAUACGAUUCAUUGCACGUUCCUAGCCAACAUCUCGAGUCUCAAGAUACGCAAUUGGGGCAAACGGUUACGAAAGAGAGCGGACACAGUAGUCUGCACAGUCAACAAUCAUCUACGAGAAUCGGCGGUAAGAACGAGAGACUUGAAGAUUUUGGGGAAUACGGACAUUCGCAACAUGGAGCUAACGUUCAAACGAGCGCGACUACACCGGAGAACUGGAGCAGAGUGGAUUCUUACAAAACUGACGGUGGUCAUGGACGCGUCUUUGAGGAGGAAGGCCAAUACGUAUCCGGACCCAAAAAGGUCCGCUAUUUCAAGAAGAACUACACCUCGAGCUACAGUACGUCAGGUGACGCUGAGCACUCGGAAACAUUGGAUAAAUUACACAGCGGGCUGCAUCAAAACGUGCAGCAGGAGCUUGAUAAGUUCAGACGAGAGUUUCAUCAUCAAACCGCCAACAUCGCGGGUCUGACUCAGGAAGCGGCUCACAGCUUCCACAGCAAUGAUCUCCAGACCGCCGAGAGCGAGAACACUUAUGGACAACAGCAAAUAUCAGGUUUCCGGCGCGUCCCAUCCGUUGGAACUGUCCGUCACUAUACUGAUCAACAGCAAACGGAAGCUUUCGCUGAUAGACAACAGUCGUUAUAUCCUAGCGUAAAUACUUAUGGCACGGAGAGUCAAAGGAGCUAUCAGAGUCACGAGACUCAUGUAUCUCGAGCGCAACCCGUAUUACCAUCGAGUCAUUUGUCUCCUAGUUACCCGAUGCAAGUCACCGGGGGUAAUUAUCAGAGUUACUCGCAUUUAGGCGGACAUCAAGUAGGCGAAAUCCAACGGGAAAUCUCGGGUGCGCAUCAGUCCGGCGUAACCCAGAAUCGGCUCCUUACUGAGCAAGUGUACAACCCAAAUCCGACCCCGAAUUACAACAUUUAUCCUGGCAGACGAGACGAGUCCAGACACUACCAAGAAGAGCACUGGCAAAGUUCCUCGAGUCACAACGCGGGAAAUCUAGCUCCCGAACAUGGCGCAGAUUUCACAUUGCACGGGACUGGAAGUAGAACGCAUUACGAUCGAGACGCGUACAAUGAACAACGCGGUCGUUAUCAUAGCACAGCACAUGGGUACGAUUCUCGUAUCGGAAGCAGUUACGGUUCCGGAUACGGAACUAGAUCGGGACAGCAGCUUAUCGCUGCCGAGUCAUCUCUAGACCCGGGACGAGCGACACAUGGUGCCGAUUGCACCGAAGAGACUCAUCAACAAUAUCAACAUGAGACUAGUUAUCACAGAAAAUACAAACGAGAUGAUCAUCACGUGCAGCAAGAUCAGGAGUUCGAGCAAGAUUCGGAACAACUGGAUUUGACGCAAGCAAAUAAUCAGCAAUCAGAAGAUUUCACGCAACAUGAUGAAGAUUUCACACAGCAAACAGAAGGUCAACUCGAAUUUGGUCAGCAAACUGUCGGCAAUCAGCAUUUAGAGGAUUUAACACAACAUGAUAAACAGUUCACACAACAGACAGAAGGUCAACUCGAAUUUGGUCAGCAAACUGUCGGCAAUCAGCAUUUAGAGGAUUUAACACAACAUGAUAAACAGUUCACACAACAGACAGAAGGUCAACUCGAAUUUGGUCAGCAAACUGUCGGCAAUCAGCAUUUAGAGGAUUUAACACAACAUGAUAAACAGUUCACACAACAGACAGAAGGUCAACUCGAAUUUGGUCAGCAAACUGUCGGCAAUCAGCAUUUAGAGGAUUCAACACAUGAUAAACAUUUCACACAACAGACAGAAGGUCAACUCGAAUUUGGUCAGCAAACUGUCGGCAAUCAGCAUUUAGAGGAUUUAACACAACAUGAUAAACAGUUCACACAACAGACAGAAGGCCAACUCGAAUUUGGUCAGCAAACUGUCGGCAAUCAGCAUUUAGAAGAUUUAACACAACAGGAUAAACAGUUCACACAACAGACAGAAGGUCAAUUCGAAUUUGGUCAGCAAACUGUCGGCAAUCAGCAUUUAGAGGAUUCAACACAUGAUAAACAUUUCACACAACAGACAGAAGGUCAACUCGAAUUUGGUCAGCAAACUGUCGGCAAUCAGCAUUUAGAGGAUUUAACACAACAGGAUAAACAGUUUACACAACAGACAGAAGGUCAAUUCGAAUUUGGUCAGCAAACUGUCGGCAAUCAGCAUUUAGAGGAUUCAACACAUGAUAAACAUUUCACACAACAGACAGAAGGUCAACUCGAAUUUGGUCAGCAAACUGUCGGCAAUCAGCAUUUAGAGGAUUUAACACAACAGGAUAAACAGUUUACACAACAGACAGGAGGUCAAUUCGAAUUUGAUCAGCAAACUGUCGGCAAUCAGCAUUUAGAGGAUUUAACACAACAGGAUAAACAGUUCACACAACAGACAGAAGAUCAACAAUUUACACAUCAGACGCAUGGAUUUGGAUUUGGUCCGCAACUUGGAGUGGAACUUACGCAGCCUGAAUCUAAUGAUCGCACGCAACAAACAGAUAAACUCGAAUUUGGACAACAAACUGUCGGUAAUGAACACUUAGAGGAUUUAACACAACAGGAUAAACAGUUCACGCAGGAGACAGAGGGUCAACUCGAAUUCGGACAGCAAACUUUGAGUGAUCAAUCACAUCUGACACAACACAGUGACCAAUUGCAGCCAGAAUAUGAUGAUCUCACGCAACAAACGAGUGGUAAACUUGAAUUCGGGCAACAAAUUGUUGGUAAUCAACACUUGGAAAAUCAAAAGCACCAAAUUGAACAAUUUGAAACACCAGGAUCUGAUGAUUAUACGCAACAGACGAGCGGAAAACUCGAAUUCGGACACCAGACUGCUGAUAAUCAACACUUGGAAGAUGUAACAAUUUUCGAUAAAUCACAAUCGAUAAAUAAACCUCCUAAUCCAAAAAAUCAACAUUUAGAAGAAUUUAACAACGAAGAUUUUUCUCAACAGACGGGAGAACAUGAUUUUACACAACAGACAAUGGGACAACUAGAAUUUGCACAGCAAGACUCCAAUAAUCCAAAGAUUAGUCAUCAUUCAGGAGAUUUUAUUCAGUCAAAUAAAAAUUUAAAUCAACAGGUUGGAGAAUUUGACGAUUUCACGCAGCAAGGACAUUUCGAAUACGGACAACAAAGAGACCAAUCACAAAAACCUAGCUGGCCAGGAUACAAUACUCAACAUUCGGAACAUUUGUCUCAACAAAAUGACUGGACUACAGAUGAUCUUUCACAACAAUCUCAUCAAUAUCCAUCCUACGGUAACGAUAAUAAUAAUGAACAAUCAAAAUGGCAAUUGGAUAUGUCGCAGAAAACACAGCAAGAUUUUACUCAACAAACCAACGACGAUCGACAAUUCGUCAAACCGGCGCCAAAACCAAAACCAAGACCAAGACAGCGACAUCAGAAAUACAAUUCCAUUCCAUCGCAUAUGGAUGGAACAGACACGAAUCUCGACGAUAUUUUUGAACCGAUCGAAAUAAACCCGGAGGCUGAAAUAGACAAUCUCCAGGGAAAAACUGCUCAACACAGCAGUCGCCUGACACAUUUCACAUCCGGUCAUCGUAGAUCAGACAUUCCACAUGACCAAAGUCAAGGGAGCAGUGUAUUUGACAACGAAAAAGAAAAUAUGGAUCGCUUGCAUUGGGUACAUAAAUCAAACGAUGCUACAGUAGGUCUACAAUGGCAUUACACUUAUCAUCCAAGCGAUUUAACUAAUAUCGAAAGCUCGCAUAACAAUUAUUAUCCGCAUCAUAAUGUCAAUUCGCAGCAAACGGAAGAUACACAGCAACAACAAUCGAAACCAUUUGACUUUAGCCAACAGGAAACACAAAAUAAGGAUACAUUUGAAAAUAUAGAUGUUUUUCAACCAUCGCAAACCCAACAUGACAAACAUGAUCAACAGGUAGGAUCAUUCCAACAAGCUGAAACAUCCCACUUUGAUGAUCAGUUUAAUCAAAAUUCUGAAGAAACUCCAUUAAGGGUAAAACCGCUGCAAAAUUCGCAACAAACCUCAACGCAAACUACAGAACAGACAGAACAUAAAAUAGAAUCGCGAAUCUUGGAAGCAUAUGGCGGAGGACCAUAUGCAUCGCGUAAUGAUGAUAUUUAUAGAAGAGUCAAGCCAAAUCCUAGCGCUACUUUGCCACCUAUAGGUGGUGAGGACCCAUGGGAUAUCAGGGAAAAGCCAAAGGAGAUAAUACCAUGGACAGUAGCAGAUACAUUGCCCACAGUAAGUACGUCGAAUGUCAGAGCUGCAACUACAGAAGCGUCAGAGAAUACAACGCAGAUAAUAGAAAGUACAACAACACCAUCCUUCUGGAGUAGAGUUGGACAUAAAAUAACUAGUACAUACGAUAAAGCUAAGGAAACAUAUGAUAAAGCUAGAGGCAAAGCUAAAGAAUACUUUGGUUAGGUAUCUCUCUGUAUAUUCUUUUUACUUAUUUAAAAAUUACUUAUUUAUAUGUAAC